GUGAGAGUGUGUGUGUCAAUUUGUUGACGGUUGUCUAUUAUCAAAAUGCCCAAAAUGGACGAAAGUGCGUGAGGUUUUGUUUGGUAAUAGUGUUACUACCAAAAAAUCGUAUCAAAACUUUAAAUUGCAAAAACUAUUAAUAAAUUAGUUCGAAAAGUAAUUCUAACAAGAUGGGCGACAAAAAGUACAAACAGAGUAAAGCAGAAAUAGCGAAGCAGUUUAACCUACCAGAGCGGCAAUCUAAGAUUACGACAUUGUUAAAUCAAGCCGGACAAGCUUAUUGCAUAUGUCGAUCUUCCGAUAGUUCUAGGUUUAUGAUAGCUUGCGACUCAUGCGAGGAGUGGUACCAUGGAGAUUGUAUCAAUAUAUCAGAGAGAGAAGCUAAAUACAUCAAAAACUACUUCUGUGAUCGCUGCAGAGAAGAAGAUCCUACCCUUAAGACCAGGUUCAGACCACAGAAGAGGGAGAAUGAUGGAGAUGUCGCUCCUCGAGAAGACAGAAAGAAGAAGAAGAAAGAGAAAGAUCACUCUGAGAAUAAGUCUUCGAAGAGACAGAGCAAUAAAGAUGGUUGCGGAGACUGCCCAGGAUGUCUGCAGAUUAAUGAUUGUGGACAUUGCGAAGUGUGUGAGGAUAUGUACAAGUAUGGCAGCAGCAAUAAAGUGAAGUUGAAGUGCAAAAUGCGUAUGUGCAUCAAGAGUAAAAAAGCAUCUAGACAAUCGAGCAGCAGCAACCGAAUCAAGAAGAAACACCAUGAAAGAGAGCAACAUGAGCCAGAAGAGUCCCUCGCUCACUUACAAACAGCUGAAGCUCGGCAGUGCUAUGGACCGCAGUGCACCAGAGUCGCACAGUUCGGGUCCAAGUACUGCUCCCCUCAGUGCGGCAUGAGGCUUGCUACUGCUAGGAUUUACCAGGCUGUGACUCCUCUGGUGUUGCGGGUGUCCAUAUGCAGCGCUGGUCGCUUACCAUCAGGUGAUCUGUCUGCUCGUUUGCCUCCUAUUCCAUUAAAAAAGCGAAAAUUUGUGCUUCCACAACGGAUACAAGAAUGGUCACUUUCUUCGUGCGUGGCCGAGCAGAAGAAUCGCAAAGCGUUAGAAGUAGUGCGCGGGGGCAUCGCGCGUGCGCAGGCUGCCUUGCGAACACUAGACACGCAACACUCAGACCUCGACGCGAUCGUGGCACGGGCGAAGAAUGCUACUAUUGUUUAUACCGAUGACAAGGAUGCAGAUGACGAAACAUCAAUGUACUGUAUAACUUGCGGUCACGAGAUCCACUCUCGGACUGCAGUGAAACACAUGGAGAAAUGUUUCGUGAAGUACGAGGCGCAGGCGUCGUUCGGCAGUAGACAUCGCACGCGUAUUGAUGGACAGAGCAUGUUCUGCGACUACUACAACCCUAUUAAUGCUACCUAUUGUAAGAGGUUGAGGGUGAUGUGCCCAGAACAUUUCAAAGACCCAAAGGUCGGUGACAACGAUGUGUGCGGCUGUCCUCUCGUCCGCAACGUGUUCAAGCCGACGGGAGAUUUCUGCCGAGCCCCUAAGAAGGCUUGCUUGAAGCACUAUCAAUGGGAGAAACUGCGGCGCGCUGAGAUCGAUAUGGAGAGAGUUCGACAGUGGCUGAAGUUGGAUGAGUUGGUGGAACAAGAGAGGAGUAUUAGACUGGCUAUGGCUUCUAGAGCCGGAGUCUUAGGCCUAAUGCUUCAUUCAACGUACAACCACGAGGUGAUGGAACGCAUCACCACCAAAGCGCCGGAGAAUGGGAAAGUCAAGGAAACCUCCUGACGCUCAAACGACGCGGGGUCCGAAAUAUCGCGCGACUCACGCCCUUAAAUUAAUAAUAGACAACUUUAUUAUAGUUAAUUAUAAUGAAAAAGUAUAUUAAAUAAUGAUUUUGAUAUAGA